AUGUCUAAUACGAGAAUCGGUAUCGCAUUAAUCGACAGAGGAAACAACAACUACGAUUGGGGGUUCGUUGUCUACUUGAACUCGAACCUCUCGCCGCACGGAACUGCUCCGCUGUUCCAACACUACUACGACAACCAGGCGCAAGCUUACCGGGUGUCUGGUGGCCCAGUCAAUUUAGCACAAAUCUUUGGCAUUGUGGAAGUUGCCUCCGUUGCUGACAAUUUGUACAACACUAUUGUCGCAACGGUGAGGUCCUACUCACCCGACGAACACAACUACAACCCAAGUGGUAGAGCUUGGGGAUCCGCGGCGUGGGUUAUUCGCACUUUGCAACAGCUUCGGCAGCUUGUCCCAUUCCAGUUACGGUGGGCGGAUAGCGAAAUACACGGGCAUAUUAUGAAUAAUCUCGUCCCGUUGUUGCAUGGAAAGCGGGCGGCAAACCGGUUCCCGCUCGUCCCAUUUUCCAAUGGAACUUAA